AUGUCAUGGCAAACGUACAUAGAUGACCAUUUGAUGUGUGAAAUUGAAGGCGGCGGCCAACUUAAGGCCGCCGCCAUCGUUGGCCACGACGGCUCCGUCUGGGCCCAAAGCACCACCUUCCCUAAGUUUAAAGAAGAGGAAAUUAAGCCUAUAUUGAUUGAAUUUAAUGACCCAGGCCAUCUAGCACCAACAGGAAUAUUUCUUGGAGGAACAAAAUAUAUGGUGAUUCAAGGAGAAUUUGGUGCUGUCAUUCGUGGAAAAAAGGGUUCAGGAGGAAUAACUAUCAAGAAGACAGAUAAAGCUUUGUUAUUUGGUAUUUAUGAUGAGCCUGUUGUUGCUGGACAAUGCAAUUUGAUUGUUGAGAGAUUGGGAGAUCAUCUCAUUGAUCAAGACCUCUAG